AUGGCCGCCUUCUCCGCCUCCUCCAGCCUCGUCCUCUCCGCCGCGCUGAUCCUCGCCGCCGCCGCAAUCGAGGACGACACCGCCGCGCUGAGCCUUUUCCGCAACCAGACCGACAUCCACGGCGCGCUCCUCGAGAACUGGCCGGAUUCGGCCCCUGCCUCGCCGUGCGCCGCCACUUGGCGCGGCGUCGCUUGCACGAACAACCGCGUCUCCGCCGUGUCCCUGGCGUUUCUUGAUCUCCGAGGUCCGAUCGACGCCCUGGCGUCGCUGGAUCAGCUCCGCGAGCUCGACCUCGCCGGUAACCGCCUCUACGGCUCCGUCGCUCCGAUUACAAAGUGCCUAAAUCUCGAGAAGGUGAACCUCUCCGGCAACGACUUCUCCGGUGAAAUUCCGCCGGAAAUAUCCUCCCUCAGCCGCCUCCGCAGCCUCGAUCUCUCCGACAACAACCUCCAUGGCUCGAUUCCGCCGGAACUUUCCAACCUGUCGCUGCUGCGCGAUCUUCAGCUCCAAAACAAUCAACUCUCAGGUACAAUCCCCAAUUCUCUCGAUUCGCUAGCGAAUCUCAAAAUUCUGAAUCUAUCAAACAACGAGAUGAACGGAAACCUACCGGAGAACUUACAGUCGCGAUUCGGAUCGAGUAGCUUUUCCGGCAAUCAAGGUCUCUGCGGAGCUCCUCCUUUCCCAAUCUGUUCAUCCUCCUCCGCCGUGCCGGCGCCGUCGAUCCCCAAUUCGACAUCCUCCUCACCAACUCCCAACCACCGCAGCAGCAGCAGCAGCAUUCUCAGCAAAGAGGACGCAAUCGCCAUAUCAGUAGUGGUGUCAUUUCUCCUAAUCACCAUAGCUCUGUUUGCUCUGUUCUACCAUUGCAGAAACGUUAAAAAAACAAAUCCAACGGCUAAGAGCCACAGCAGUCCAAUGGCGCGGAUCGUGUCCGUCCAAUCCACAGACAACAACAACUCCUCCGGCAAGGGCGAAAUCGUCUUUUUCGAUCGCCGGAACCUCUUCCGAGUCGAGGAUUUGCUGCAAUCGUCGGCAGAGGUGAUCGGAAAAGGCAGCUUAGGCAUCGUCUACAAGGCGAUUAUCGCCGAUCAAGGCCUCAUCGUCGCCGUAAAACGCCUCCGCGACGCCGAUCCUUGCUCGCGCCGCGAAUUCGAGCUCUACAUGGACGUAAUCGGGAAGCUUCGGCACCCGAAUCUGGUAAGAUUGAGAGGCUAUUACUAUGCAACAGAGGAGAAAUUGCUCGUCUACGAUUAUAUGCCCAAUGGCAGCCUCCAUUCCCUUCUUCACGAGCCGGCGUGGGGCAGAGGCCCCCUAGACUGGACAACGAGGGUGCGGCUAUUAGCGGCGGCGGCGAGGGGGCUAUCGGCGAUACAUACGGCGACGGGAAUCCCUCACGCGAACGUGAAGUCGUCGAACGUGCUGCUCGACAAGAACGGGUCGGCCCACGUCUCCGAUUUCGCGCUGUCGUUCCUGCUCAGCCCGGGGGUCGCGAUAUCGAAGCUCGGCGGGUAUCGGGCGCCGGAGCAGGCGAGGACGGGGAAGCACUCGACGCAGGCGGACGUUUACGCAUUUGGCGUCGUGCUGCUCGAGGCGCUCACCGGCGUGGAUCCCGACGCGGCGGCGGCGAAUUUCGCCGGGUGGGUUCGGAGAACGGCGGCUGCGGCGGGAGAACGGAAGUCGGAGGCGUUCGACCCGGCGUUGCGGAGGUUCAAGAACGAUGUCGAGGGGGAAAUGAGGGCGAUGAUGCGCGUCGCGACCGCGUGCGUGGCAACGUUGCCGGAGAAUAGACCGAGCAUGACGGAGGUUGUCCGGAUGAUCGAGGAGAUAGGAGUCGAGCAGAGCGGAUCGUUGACGCCCUCCGACGCCGCCGCCGCCUAGCCGGACGGUCGCCGGAGAAGGGUGUUGGGGCAUCAUUUUUGUCACAGUGUGGAAUGGAAUGGAUGGAUAUUGAA